UCACUUGCACAGCCGCAGUCAGUCUCCGUCGGCAGCUUGUUUUCGAGUUUAUUCCAAAAUGAAUAUUGUAGCAUAGAUUAGAUAUUCAAUGUUUAAUUUGUUGCUAUAAAUAAGGGUUGUUAAGAAGAUAAAAAAUGAAUAUGGACGUAGCAGAAUGUUUGAAGGAAUGGGAAGAUUUGAUUGCCGAUUACAAGCGACUAGAGACAAUAAAUAAAGAUUAUGCUGCAAAAUUAGAAGAGGUUGGCGAACUUCAGGCAUCAUGUAUGAAAGAGUUAAACCAUCAGAGAUAUCGCAUGUCCAUAAUUUCAAGCGCACUCAAAAGGUUAGAAAAGAAGGGACACACAAAAGAUGAGCGAGUGGCAACUUUGGAAAAAGAAAUCAUGAAAAGGAAAGCUAUGCUGCAUGAAAUUGAGGCAACUUUACCUAAACAAAACAGUCUAUAUUUAAAAAUCAUACUUGGCAAUGUUAACGUUUCCAUUUUGAAUAAAAAUGACAAAUUCAAAUACAAAGAUGAGUAUGAGAAAUUCAAGCUCAUACUCAGUGCCAUUGCUUUUGUUUUAGCUGUUGCUAAUUUAUAUAUAGACUUCAGGCCUUUGCAAUUAAUACUGAUUUUUCUUCUGGUAUGGUACUACUGUACGUUGACAAUCCGUGAGAGCAUCCUGAAAGUGAAUGGUUCACGGAUCAAGGGCUGGUGGAGACUGCAUCACUUUAUAUCGACUGUGGUUGCUGGCAUCCUGCUUAUUUGGCCGCAGAACGAGUCGUGGGAGGAAUUCAAACAUACAUUCAUGUGGUUUAUUGCUUAUAUUAGUGUGGUGCAAUACAUGCAGUUCAGAUAUCAAAGCGGAGUAUUGUAUAGGCUAAAAGCCUUGGGCGCGAGGCACAAUAUGGAUAUAACAAUCGAAGGAUUCCACUCGUGGAUGUGGAGGGGACUCUCCUAUCUACUCCCGUUUCUAUUCGGAGGAUAUAUUUUCCAACUGUAUAUUGCUUAUACAUUAUACCACUUGAGUUUUAACCCGGAUGCGACAUGGCAGGUGGCAGCAUUAAGUAUAUCCUUCUUGUUGCUCGGAAUUGGGAAUACGGUCACAACAUUCCUGGUUAUCCCGCAGAAACUAAACGAACAGGUGUCUUACUUAGCCGUUUUGUUCCUUACGUUGCACUGCUGUAAUACAUAUACGAUUCUUCAAACGAUGUACAAGAAAAAUCGGGGUGCAUUGAAGUUGCGCUACAAAUUGCGAGCUAUCGCGUACCGGCUGUCUAAUGAAAUUGCAGUUUUGGAUCAGAAAUGGAGGCAAAAUAAACUGGACACAAAGCAGGAAUAACGUUACAAGUAGUUUGGUUAUCUCGUCGAUAAAUAUAUUCGAUUUUAUUAUCAUUAUAGUAUUUUCAUAACGAAAGAUAUUUGUAUUAUUGAUAUUAUGUAUCUUUUAUGUAAAUAUAGCUGUUAAAUAAAAGUAUGUCGUAG